AUGGCCUGGGCUGCAGGCACCGGCUGGGGAAACCUGAGCGGGACCUGCCUCCCCAGCGGCUACCUGCGCGGGGCUGCGGAAGGACGCCUGCGCGCCGGCCGUUUACCUCCCCGAUCCCGAGCUCGGGUACUCGUCGCCCCUGUCGUCGCCCCCCGCGGAGGCGUGUGUGUGUAUGAGCGCGUACAGGGAGCCAAGCCUCCGCACCCCCUGUGCCCCAAGACGCGGCUGCCUCUGAGGCUCCGGGACCCGCGCCCACUCGGAGGCACCCGAGGGCCCGCGCGCCUGCAGCCCGGCUCGGCACCCCGCCCCGGCCCGCGCUCCGAACGCCGGGCGCCGCGGCCGAGGACCGGGCUCGUCCGCAUCCUGGGCAGUCUCGCCCGGCGCCAGCCCAGCGGCUUUGCUGCCCGAGCCGGGGACGCCCGGUGUUCGCGCGGAAGGCGGCCGGGCCGGCGGCCCGGAAGACGAGCGACUGGGACGCCCCGAACCCGUCCCUCCUCCCCUUCCCACACCUCGGCUCCAGCCGCCCUCCCGGCUCACACUCGGUCCGCGUCCCCGCUUCCCACCUCUCCGUCUUUCCAGAACCCGGAACGCCCAGCUGCCCGGACCCGAGCAGACUAUAUGGCCCAGGGACACAGACCUCGUAGGAACAAGAUGGCUUGAAAAGUGAAAAAG